AGAGAGAGAUUCAUCUUUUCAUUUCUUUGCUAUAAUUAAGAAUGUAACCUUGAUUAGGUUGUGCUCAUUCCCUUUAGUUUUUUAAACUUAAUUUAUUUUCAUAAACACACCCAGCACAGACACACCUAAACACUGCAAGAUCUACUUUGAAUACUUCACAACGUUCACAACCAAGAAGAACAAGAAGACGAUCGUCUAAGGAGCUCAAGAUGUUAGAGAAGCUUGUAGCAGAAGAAACCAUAAUCCCCAAUGGUUUCACACACAACAACAAUCUUCGACUACCUUCCUCCAAUCCUCCCAUCAUCAAGAAGAAAAGAAACCUCCCAGGAACCCCAGAUCCUGAAGCAGAGGUUAUCGCGUUGUCACCCAAGACUCUGAUGGCAACAAAUAGAUUCUUGUGUGAGAUUUGUGGAAAGGGAUUUCAAAGGGAUCAAAACCUUCAGCUUCAUCGGCGAGGUCAUAACCUGCCAUGGAAACUGAAGCAAAGAACAAGCAAAGAAGUUCGAAAACGAGUUUACGUGUGCCCGGAGAAGUCGUGUGUCCAUAACCAUCCGUCAAGGGCACUUGGAGACCUUACUGGUAUCAAGAAACAUUUCUGCAGGAAGCAUGGCGAGAAGAAGUGGAAGUGUGCCAAGUGCUCUAAGUGUUAUGCAGUUCAGUCGGAUUGGAAAGCUCAUUCCAAAACCUGUGGGACAAGAGAAUACAAGUGUGAUUGCGGCACUCUUUUUUCAAGGAGAGACAGCUUUAUCACUCAUAGGGCGUUUUGUGACGCCUUGGCGGAGGAAACUGCAAGGGUUACAGCAGCAUCUCACUUCAACAAUGCAACACCAGCAGGAUCACUUGGAAACAUAAACUACCAUUUUGUAGGACCACCGGUUCUCGCUGGUCCAACCAUGGCUCAACACUUGUCUUCCAUCUUUAAGCCCAUCUCAUCUAACCCCCAAAACCAUCUUGACCCGACACAACAAGGUGAACUUUCACUAUGGGCCAGUGGUAGCGACAAUAUUAAUAACGAAAACAAUAAGCAUAAUAAUCUCCAGGACAUGCAUCAAAUCGACUCGGUUUUAUAUGCUGAUCCUCAUCAAAACCACAAUCCACAAUCCGAAUAUCACUCCGAUUGGGGUGUGUUUGGAAUGAAAACCACUUCAGAUCACGAGGUUAAUGUAAGUGCACCUUCUUUGUUCAGCUCACAAAGCAUCUCGCACCAAACACACCCGACGGCAAGCAUGUCUGCAACUGCUUUGUUGCAGAGAGCUGCUCAAAUGGGGUCGACCUCCUCUGCUACGGCCAACCAAUCUGCUUUCCUUGGAAGCUUCGGAUUGAAAUCCAGCAACAAUUGUACUACAAUGGUUUCAGCUACUGCUCCUACUCAAGUUCAAGAAGAGAACAGAUUUUGUGGGUUGUACGGUACUAGUACCAUGAUGAAAAACUGUAAUGGAAGUGAUUUGGAGAACGAGUUUUCCAAUUUGGAGCAGAUGUACCCUCCCUCUAAAAGAAGGCACAUACAGAUUGAAGAACAUCAUGGGGGGCAAACUAGGGAUUUCCUUGGUGUAGGUAUUCAACCCAUGUGCCAUCCUAGGAUGAGAUUUGAUCAUGUGUAAAGGUGCAUGAGAGAGAGAGAGAGAGAGAGAGAGAGAGAGAGAGAGAGAGAGAGAGAGAGAGAGAGAGAGAGGAAAAGUGGUGGAGAAAAGAUGAUGAGAUGAUCCAUGCAUAUUCAGAUGCUGUGGACUUUUAAGAAAAUGGUGCUGGCUUUUGAAUUUGGGAAAAAGGAAGGAGUGUUGGUAGUGGUGACGCUAAUAAGAAAGAAAAAAAAAGGCCUUUCAAAACUCCAUUAUUGUUCAUCUUUAGUAUCCUCUACUUAUAUUUAAUUCUACUUCAAAGAUUAAUAAAAGUACGAAUCAAAUUCCAAA